AUGGACUGGGCUGCCCCGAUCAUCGCAGUGGCUCUGUUCGCGUUGCUCAGCCCCGGCGUGAUCUUUCAACUGCCCGGGAGACAGCGGCCAGUCGACUUCCUCGACAUGAAGACUAGCGUAGCCUCCAUUCUCGUGCAUACCGUCAUCUUCGGGGUGCUCCUCGCCCUGUUCCUCGUCGUCUUCCAAACCCAUAUCAAUGUCUAG